AUGGGUCAGACUCACUCUGUUCAUACGACUACCACCAGUGUAGCUAGUAUACACACUACUACCCACACUACCUCUUCUAUUCUUACUACAUCCACUACCCAUACUACCACUUCUACCCAUACUAGUGUGGCUAGUACCUCCACCUCUUCUACUCAUACUACUGUUAUCAGUGUACCUACUUCAUCUAGUACUACCUCUUCUACUCAUACUACGGCUACAAGUGCAGCUAGUUCCUCAACUGCUGCCUGCACAUCCUCCGGCAUGUCGGUCUGUACUACUUCUUCGGCAGUCGGCCAGGCUACUGUGGCAGGAAAUAUCCUGGUUAUUGCUAGAGAUGCUGCAUCUGCAUCAGCUGCUAGCGACGGUCUCAAUGGCUAUGGAAUUCCUUUCACCACUCUCUUGGUGCCACAAGCCGGUGCUGAUCUGCCGGUGCUCAACACUACAGCUGGUGGAAACUUCGGAGGUAUCGUGGUAGCUUCAGGAAUCAGCUAUGACUACUCCACGGGCUGGGCAAGUGGUCUGACUGACGACCAAUGGAGUCAGCUAUAUGCUUACCAGCUCGAGUAUGGUGUUCGUAUGGUUCAGUACGAUGUCUACCCUGGCUCGGACUAUGGAACCAGUGUUAUUGGCGACGGAUGCUGUGAUACCGGUGUCGAACAGGAAUUCUACUUUACGGAUAUUAGCGACUUCCCUACCUCUGGCAUCAGGACUGGCGUUGCUGCCAACGUCAGCACCGAAGGUCUUUAUCAUUACUCUGCCUCAAUUCUCAACACCAGCAACACCAAACCGAUCGCUUCGUUUGCUGCGAACUCGGUCGUCACCACCGAAAGCGUUGCUGCAGUUAUAAAUGACUUCGAUGGUCGCCAGCAAAUGGUGUUCUUCAUGUCUCUGGAUCCUAGCUGGAGUUCCACUUCAGCGUUUGUGCAGCACGCCUGGAUCACCUGGCUGACUCGCGGUCUCCAUGCUGGAUGGCGUCGUGUCAACAUCAACACCCAGGUUGACGAUAUGAUGUUGACUACCAAUAUCUACUCGCCUAGCAACACCACCUUCCGUAUAACCACUGAUGAUAUGGAUGGUAUUCUGGCUUGGAUUCCCACCAUCAACGCCAAGAUGAACGCUGGUAGCACAUACUUCCCGGAAGUUGGCUUCAAUGGUAAUGGAAAUAUCGAUCAUUCUUCGAAUGUGGCUGGUGGCUGGGCUAUCUGCGGUGGUGGUGUCUACUACACGGCGGCAGCAGCAACGGCACCUGAAUGGCAGAAGCCUCUGGGGACUGGUACCAACCAGUGGCCCUCUACUCCAACUGUCUAUGAUUGGGGCACAAACUGUACCAGCCUGGAUCCCCUUCUGAUCUGGUGGCAAACCAACAUGAACAACUUCGCCCUCCUGUCCCACACCUUCACCCACGAGGCGGAGAACAAUGCCACCUACUCUGAUAUCUACAAGGAGAUCAGCUUCAACCAGGCCUGGUUCAAGCAGGUUGGACUUGAUCAAGCUACUUACUGGACCGACAAUGGUAUCAUUCCCCCGGCCAUCACAGGUAUCCACAACGGAGAUGCUCUCCAGGCUUGGUACGACAACGGUAUCACAAACUGUGUUGGUGACAACACUCGUUCUGCUCUCCUAAAUCAAGAGAACGCCAUGUGGCCCUACUUCACUGUGACUGCUACCGAUGGAUUCGUUGGUAUGCAGGUUAACCCUCGUUGGUCGACUCGUAUCUACUACGACUGCACCACCCCUGCCUGCACCCUGCUGGAGUGGACCGAUACUUCUGAUGGAUCUGGAGACUUUGAUUAUCUAUUGGCCACCGAGAAGUCCGAUACCAUGCGCCAUUUCUUCGGUCUUUACCACGACCCCUACAUGUUCCACCAGGCCAACCUUCGCAACGCUGAUACCGAUCCUAUCACCGUUAACGGAGUGAGUGGUCAGUACUCUAUCUUCCAGGCCUGGGUCGAGACUGUUAUACAGGAGUUUGUCCGCCUGGUCGACUGGCCCCUUGUGACAAUCAAGCACGCCGACAUGUCCGCUGGAUUCAAUGCUCGCUACACUCGCGAUGCUUGUAAUUACGCCCUCACCUACAACACAGAGGACAAUGAGAUCAUUUCAGUCACCAUCUCUGCCAAUGAUGAUACCUGCAGCGAGCCCAUUCCGGUCACUUUCCCCGUCAAGCCGACCUCGACCAAAGAUUACGCCACCGAGCAGCUCGGUAGCGACCCUCUGACAGUCUGGGUCCCGCUUUCGGGCUCCCCUGUCACCUUCACUCUGUCCACUCCCAUUGCCCUAUAA